AUGCUCAGGAGCGCGCUGCUGUGCGCGGUGCUGGGACUGCUGCAAGCCCAACACUUGCCCUGCCCGCCGACCUGCAGGUGUGUCUACCGGGACGCAGCGCAGUGCUCCGGAGGCAGCGUGGCGCGCAUCGCUUCGCUUGGUCUGCCCUCCAACCUCACGCACAUCCUCCUGUACGCAAUGGGCCCCGGCGCCUUGCAGAACUACAGCUUCAGCGGCAUGAACGUCCUGCAACGCCUGAUACUGUCAGACAGCCCCAUUUCCGCCAUUGCCCCCGGCACCUUCAAUGACCUCCUAAAACUAAAAACCUUGAGGUUAUCGCGCGACAGAAUAACUCAUCUUCCGGGUGCGCUGUUGGAUAAGCUGGUGCUCCUGGAACAGUUGUUCUUGGACCGAAAUGAGCUAACGGACAUUGAUCCAAACAUGUUUCAGAAACUGGUUAACCUGCAGGAGCUUUUUUUGAACCAGAAUCAACUCGCUUUCCUUCCCGUUAGCCUCUUUGCAAAUCUGAAGAACCUGAAAUUGUUGGAUUUAUCGGAAAACAACUUGACCCACCUGCCCCAGGGAUUGCUUGGCGCACAGGCCAAGCUUGAGAAACUUUUGCUCCACUCGAACCAGCUUGUCUCUCUGGAUUCUGGGCUGCUCCGUAGCCUGCGCGCCCUCGUGGAGCUGCAGCUCCACAGAAAUCACAUUCGCUCCGUCGCCCCCGGUGCCUUCGACCCGCUCCGAAAUCUGAGAAAUCUGACUCUUUCCAGAAACCGCCUCGAGUUUCUGCCCUCCGCACUCUUUAUUCAUUCGCACAAUUUGACUCUCCUGACCCUGUUCGAGAACCCGCUCAAAGAGCUCCCGGAGGUGCUCUUCGGGGAGAUGCGGGGCCUGCAGGAGCUGUGGCUCAACGCUACCCAGCUGCGCGCCCUGCCGGCCGCCGCCUUCCGCAACCUGAGCUGCCUGCGGGCUUUAGGGGUGACGGCGAGCCCGGGUCUGAGCGCGCUGCCAGCAGGCGCCUUCAGCGGCCUGGGCGAGCUCCGGCUGCUGGCCCUGCACUCCAACAACCUGACCUCCCUCCCCGACGGUUUGCUGCGCGGCCUCGGCAGCCUGCGCCAGGUUUCGCUGCGCCACAACAGGCUGCGGACCCUACCGCGCGCGCUCUUCCGCAACCUCAGCCGCCUGGAAGCGGUGCGGCUCGACCACAACCAGCUGGAGACCCUGCCGGGAGACGUGUUCGGGACUCUGCCCCGGCUGGCGGAGGUCCUGCUGGGGCACAAUCCCUGGCGCUGCGACUGCGACCUGUGGCCAUUCUUGACCUGGCUGAGGCAGCACCGCGGCCUGGUGGGCCGAACCGAACCUCCGCAGUGCUACAGCCCCCCGCAGCGCGCGGGUCUGCAGCUCUGGGCCCUACCGGACCGUGACCCGGGGUGUCUGGGCACCCGGAGGCCGCCUCCUCACCCUGCCAACAUUUCCCCCAAAGCCCCAAGCCAACCGGCCCUCCCCACCACCCCCCUCCUCCUCGCCUCUGUGCCCAACAGCUCAGAAUCCUGGGCCUGGGCCCAGUUGGUCGCCAAGGGCCAACGCGAAGACCACAGCCUGUUCUGGGGUCUUUAUUUUCUCUUUUUAACCAUUCAGGCCAUAAUAACCGGAUUCAUUGUGUUUGUGAUGGUUGCGCUCUGCAGGCAAUUUAAAAAAUUAAUCAGAGCGAGCUCUUGCUUUCUGUCAGUGGGAAAACCUUGCAACUAA